AUAUUACAAUUUUUUUUUAAAUAGUUUCAAACUACCUAAACCUAUUUUAACAUAACUAUAUUAAAAAUGAAAAGCCUAAGAGAACUUUUGCUGUUUCUUUUCAUUCUGAUACAAUUAAAUACUUUCUGUUUAUCAAGAAGCACAAAUAAUCAAAAUUCUGAGGAGGAAAAGCUAGACCAAUUUUUGAAGGGGAUAGUCGAACUACCUUCUCAUCAUUAUAAUGUGAAACGUGCUGCCAAAUCAUAUCCAAUUAAUUCUUUAUAUAAAGUAGAUUUGUCUAAAUCUCUAUCAGAUCUUGCUGGUGUAUUAGCUGAAACUCCUUAUCAAUUGUCCAGUGAGAGAAGAAGAAAACGUCUUCUAGUUAUUAUGGAGAAUUUAGAUGAAUUGGAGUCAAAGUUUUAUCAAUUACAUUUUUUGACAGAUGAGGAAAUACCACUAAUUGAAGUAGAUGAAGCUGCUUAUAAUUUUUGUAUUUCAACAAAAAAACCUAAAACAUUCAAACUACGGAAGUGUAUGUUGAAAAUUUUAAAAAUUAAAAGAAAUAAAUUGUUAGAAUUGUAUAAAAAAAAUUCGAAGAAAUACGAAGACUCAUUGAAUAUGUUGAAUAAAGUGGAAAGUGGAGUCUAUUACGCUAAAAACGUAUUUGACGUAUUUAAACCGUAUUUUAAAUUAUUUUAAAAGAAAAAAUAAAAAAAAAAUAAUAAUAAUAAUAUUAAUAAUAAUGUAAACUUUUGAAAGUGUUAAUAAGAAUUUGUCACUGAAUUUUGAUUAUAUAUUAAUAAAUUAUAUUUUAUCAUCUUA